GGGCGGAGGGGGAGCGGCGGCGCACGGCGGAGAGGUGGCUCGGCAGCCCUCCCGGAGGAGCCCGGCCCACCUCUCCCGUACAGGCACCCCCUCCUCCCCGCCCCGAAAGAGGAACUCCCCGCCCGCGCGCAGCCCGGCCGCGGCGGAGGGAGAAGCGGCGGCAGCAGCGGCGGCGGCAGCGCGCCCGGCCCCUCCGUUCAGCAUGGCGCAGGGGCGCCCGCCGCCCGCCGCCGCCUGAGGCGCCCCGCGGCGCCGAGCCGAGCCCGCGCCCAUGGCGCCGCCGCUGCCUGCCUUCAGCUGGGCGCUGCCCCUGCUGGCGGCGCUGGCGGGCGCCGGCGGCCCCCAGAGCUUCGAGCUGCCAGGGGCCCGCAUCGACAACAUCGAGGUGACCGGCGGCGGCGUGCUGGUGGCGGGCGGCAGCUGCCUCUACGAGCUGCGGCCCGAGCUGCAGUCCAGCCGCCGCGUGGUGCCGGCGGCGGCGGGGCAGGGCUGCGGGGAGCACCCCGGCAUGCGCAGCAACCUGCUGUUGCCCUACGAGGAGGCCGGAGGGAAGGGCAUCCUGCUGGCCGGCUGGACCCAGAAGGAUGGCACCUGCGAGGUGUGGGAGCAGCCGGCCUACCGGCAGCGCUUGAACCGCAACGAGGUGGUCAGCUGCCUACCCGACGGCUCCACCGCCGGCGUCGUCUUCCAGCUGGCUGACACCUGGUACCUGGCCGUGGCGGCCACCUACUCGGCCGGCCCGAAUGAGACGCAGCUGGGCUGUGAGCCCUCCCAGUCAGACGAGACGACUGUGAUCACGGUGCGCAGCAUAGACAACCUGGAGUCCAAGGAGGAGCUGGGCAUCAUCAAGCGCAAGAAGGAGCCUUUGCACUUUGUUGAUGCGCUCCGGUGGAGAGAUCACCUUUUCUUUCCCUACUACAUGUUGAAGGCCAGGAAGUCCAAGGACUUCGUGCCACCAAGCAUGGCUGUCCUGCGCCAGCUGAACCCCUCAGAGGCUGGCUUUGCUUUGCAAGGGCAUGUGUAUUUGGACUGUGGGUGCAGGAACCUCAUCGUUUCCUCCAGCCUCAUCCGCCAGGGCGAGCAGGGCUGGUGGGUGGGUGUUUUCAACCAUAGCUGCAGCAUCACCAAGGCCUGGAAUGCCACUGCCGUCUGCAUCUUCGGGAUGGAGGAGAUGAAGGACCAAGCCUGUGCAUUCACAGACUUCAGCAUGAACGGGGCGGGCUGUAAGGCACGAUCAAUCAAGAAAUUGCCUACCUUGAUUCACUCUGGAUUAGCGGCUGUUUAUGGCACAGUUGUUUUGAAUCAGAUAGUUCUCUUUCUGGGAACAGAUGAUGGACAGUUACUGAAGGCUGUUCUUAAUGAGGAUAUGGAAUCUAAUUGCCCAGAGGUUUUAUACGAAAUUAAGGAAGAAACCUCUAUUUUCCCCAAACUUCGACUUGAUCCAGUGGAUAACAACUACAUCUAUCUGUCUUCUGCCAAUAAGGUGAGAAGAAUACCAGUUGCAAAUUGUGGUAAAUAUGUUUCUGAGCAAGAAUGCUUAUCUGCAAAGGAUCCCUACUGUGGGUGGUGUUCUUGGAAUCAAAGGUGCACAUUAAAAGAAAAUUGUACACGUUCAAACAGCACAAAGGGUUGGUAUAACAUUUCACAUGCACCUGAUAAAGAUCUGAAAGUCCUGCUAAGUUUCCCUGCCAAAAAUCAGGUUAAGGUGACUGCAAGCAUAAGCAAAAUCCUUACUUCCUGUAUGAUAAAAAUUGUAAAACCUGUUGAAACAUUUUAUGAAAAUGUAGUGCUGAAAAACUCAUCCUGUUUCUGCAAUCUAACCACUCCAGUGAUAACGGAUAAUGAUUGUCUAGUUCUCGAAGCAUCGCUGUCCUCAAGCUCUUGGAAUAUCACACAAACAUUUCAGUUGACAAACUGCUCACGGUGUAUACACAAGGGUGAGUGUACCAGCUGUAAAUGGACACCUGUCUCUCCUGCCACCACCUGCCAGGAUAGCUGUAAUGCAGCUGCUUCCAAGGAGAUCGCCACUGCGCAGAAAACAGAGCAUAUCAGCAUUCAUUCCAUUGAACCUUUGUGGAUUUCUACAUUAGGCAAAAGUGAAAUAACAGUCAAAGGAGAAAACUUUACACAUGCGUCAGGCAUAAAACUGAUAUUGACUGGAACCACUGGCUGUAAACCAGACAUCAUUAAAGUUAGAAAUGUACUAAACGAUACACAAAUGACAUUUGCUCUCCCACCAACACGUAAAGAGGCCAAGAGUAUAUGUAUACAGGCUAAUGGGAAAAAAUGUUCACCACCAAUGACCCUGCAUUAUGUUUCACUGCCAUCGUGUCUUGGAAUCACACCAAAUAGCUCCUGGAUCAGUGGUGGUCGCAGAAUUACUACAAUUGGUAGAAAUUUUAAGGUGGUGGACAGUGUGAUUAUUUCAGAUGACCAGAGAUCAAACCUCACUGUCUCUAAGUGUCCUGGAAAUGAAUCUGACUAUCAUUACUUAACGCCAAGCCUGAGCCAUGCAACAGACGGUAAAGUUGUUGAUAUGAUGUUAAAAGUGGAAACUACCUUUAUACCAUGUGUCAAAUUACACUAUCACCCUGACCCAGUGUUCAUUAACUACCAGCUACACACUGAGCUGGAUCCUGAUCUGGAAUUAAAAAUAUAUAAAGAAAACGACAACUUGAAUAUUUCUAAAACUGAGGUAGAGGUUUAUCUGUCAUAUAUGAGUGGUUCACAGACCAAAAAGAUAUGGUUCAGCGUCCAAAAUAUUACCAAAAAACCGGAUCGUAGCACCAUACUGUGCAAAUUCAAAAGGGAAGGAACAGACAAGAUUGACUUUUCCACAGUGAAAGUUUUUGUAAAAUUGGGAAAUUUUGAGCAUGAAGUCAAACCAACAUCAUCACACAUAUAUUUAUAUGUUCUUAUUUUGCUGCCUAUUGUAGUGAGUGUCAUUAUAGUGGCAUUCAUAGUUACUAGAUACAAAUCCAAAGAGUUAACUCGUAAACAGAGUCAGCAACUUGAACUGCUGGAAUAUGAGAUUCGGAAGGAAAUCCGUGAGGGAUUUGCUGAACUGCAGAUGGAUGAAUUAGACGUGGUGGAUAGUUUUGGAACUGUUCCCUUCCUUGACUACAAACACUUUGCUCUUAGAACUUUCUUUCCAGAGUCAGGAGGUUUUGCAUCCAUCUUCAGUGAAGACAUGCCACAGAGCAGAGACCAAACGAGCAAGGAUGAAAGCUUCAACAUGUUGCAUGCUUUAAUUUGUAACAAGAACUUUCUUGUUACUCUCAUUCACACCCUUGAAAAGCAGAAAAAUUUCUCUGUGAAAGACAGGUGCUUGUUUGCAUCCUUCUUGACUAUUGCACUACAAACUAAGCUAGUUUAUCUAACCCAUAUUUUGGAAGUGUUGACAAAGGACCUGAUGGAGCAAUCAAGCAAUGUACAGCCUAAGCUCCUGCUCAGACGAACUGAAUCUGUGGUGGAAAAAUUGCUGACAAACUGGAUGUCUGUCUGCCUUUCUGGAUUUCUCCGGGAGACAAUUGGUGAACCUUUCUAUUUGCUAGUGACAACCCUCAAUCAGAGGAUAAACAAAGGACCUGUUGACGCGAUAACUUGCAAAGCCCUGUACACGCUUAACGAAGACUGGCUGCUGUGGCAAGUGUCUGAAUUCAAAACAGUGACAGUGAACAUUAUCUUUGAAAAAAUCUCAGAAAAUGAGAGUGGAGAUGCCUGUCAAACUAUCCAAGUUAAUGUUCUGGACUGCGACACCAUAGGCCAAGCCAAGGAGAAGAGCCUUCAGGCUUUCCUUAAUAAGAAUGGCUUUCUCUAUGGUCUUCAGCUGGAUGAAAUUGGUCUUGAACUUGUGUCUGAGGAGCACCAAAGAGAAUUGUUAGAUAUUGAUGGUUCCUCAGAGGUGAUGGAGGAUGGGAUAAGGAAGCUAAAUACCAUCGGUCAUUACGAGAUUUCAAACGGAGCAACCAUAAAAGUCUUUAAAAAGAAGACAAAUACCCAAUCAGAUGUGGACUACUCGGAUGAACACUGUCAUUUGAUUUUACCGGACUCUGAAGCAAACAAAGAUGUGAAAGGAGCAGGUCACAAAGGAAAGCAAAAAUUCAAAGUGAAAGAAAUGUAUCUGACAAAGCUUCUGUCGACCAAGGUUGCAAUUCAUUCAGUUGUUGAAAAGCUCUUCAGGAGCAUUUGGAGUUUACCUAACAAUAAAGCACCUGUUGCCAUCAAGUACUUUUUUGACUUUCUGGAUGCCCAGGCUGAGAGCAAAAAAAUUACUGACCCGGAUGUGGUCCACAUAUGGAAAACCAACAGUCUUCCUCUUCGCUUCUGGGUGAACAUACUGAAGAAUCCCCAAUUUGUCUUUGAUAUUAAGAAGACGUCACAUAUAGAUGGCUGUUUGUCUGUAAUCGCGCAAGCUUUCAUGGAUGCCUUUUCUCUAGCAGAACAGACUCUGGGAAAGGAAGCACCAACAAAUAAACUUCUCUACGCUAAGGACAUUCCACUGUACAAGAAGGAGGUGAAAGCGUACUAUAAAGCCAUCAGGGAUCUGCCUCCAUUGACCACUUCAGAGGUUGAAGAAUUUCUAACUCAGGAAUCUAAGAAACAUGAAAAUGAAUUUAAUGAGAAAGUGGCCUUGAGUGAAAUCUACAGAUACAUAGUGAAAUAUUAUGAUGAGAUUGUCAGCAAACUUGAGCGAGAACGGGGGUUUGAAGAAGUCCAGAAACAACUCCAGCAAGUAAAAGACUUAUUUGAUGAAAAGAAAAAAUGCAAAUGGCUUUGAGCAGAGCACUGACUCACAGCGUCACUGUGGGGGAUUUUUAAAUAAGCGCUACUGCUCCCAGAACUGUUGUGACUGACUAUAUGUACAGGGUUUGAAACACUUGGACACUCUUCUCCACUCUGACCAUUCCAAGUAAUAUCUACGUUUGGGAAUGAGGUAUGGGCGGGGUUACAUAUUAAAACGUGGGCACAUCAAAGCGAAAGUGAGUCUAGCGUUGGCAGGGCCAGCAUUUUCAAGUACUUGAAGACACCUUUUGGUUCAAAGAUACUGCCUUAAGUAAGCUUUCAGCUCGCUUACUUAAAAACAAGCUUGUAGGAGAUGUGCAAAACACACUGCAAGUUCAGAGUUGCCUGUGUGAGCUUGUAAGUUGGUUAGCUUUUUUUUUUUUUAAGAGAGAAAGCUGAUAGUUCGCCACAUCCUUUCAGCAGCCUUGGCAAACUGUGGGUUGAGCUCCGGCUUCAGAAUAUGGGUCAGCUGCAGUUUCCUUCCUUCCAGACAAAUGUACACUGUUUCCUGUUUGGGGAAAAAAAAAAAGACAACAAAACAAAGAGCACCAAAGUGACACUUAGGACAAGCAUGUUUAGCAGAAAAAGUGGGUCUGAGGGUUGAAGGCCAAAUGCCACAUGGCAGGACAUUUCUUCCUUAGGUUAGAAAUUCCAUGUACAAAGAGAAGCCAGCCACUGAGGGGCGGGGGGAGGCUUCUGAAGAAAGGCACUAGACCGGCAUCAGUCGGUGUUUACAUUUCUACCUUUCCAUCCUUAAAUAAGCUGUGAAACACUUGUGAGCGACUUCACACGUGAAACCUCCAUGCGGCUGCUCCACAUCGGAACACCAUGGUGAUCCAAUGAAGCAGCUGACGAUGGCUGCACUUUGGUGCACAAACCUGUACUCAGGUGCGUGAUGGCCCCAUGCAUUAGUGCUGACAGUCCUGGCCAUCCAGGUACAAGGGCCUCACAAAUCUGAAGCCAGCAUAUUUUUUUUUUUCAGGUUGUCCACACAAAGGCUUUGUCAAAAGAGGGUUAGUGUAACAAUACAUAAGAACAGGAGGGCUGGUGUAGUCUCUGACUGUGUAUGAGAAACUGAUGCAGUCGUGCUAGCUGGGGGUGGGGGUGGGGAGGGGGUAACUGUCUGCCUUAGUCCUUCUGGGGUGUUUUUUGAGGCUUGGCCAUUUUAAAAGGAGGGCAUCCAUUGCAUUUGCAUGGGUGGCUACAGUUAGCCCAGCAGGAAAGCAGGUGCGUGGCCAUGCUGCUAAGACACGGCUGGUGCAGUGGCUGCCCCGCAAAGCCAUGGAAGAGCAGCCAUGGCACUGGCUCUGCUACCGCAACAGCACAGUCCUGCCCUCUGCUACAGAGCCAAAAUGUUUUGUUGCCGUGGGCUCUGCGUCAGUCACGCAGAGGCACUUACCCAGGCUCCUGCCUGCCCUUAGAUUUGAGGUAAGGCGCUGAGAAGACGGAGCUACAUUUCCACAUUUCCAGAGGAACCUCCCACUGGAGGCGAGUGGCGUAGCGCAGUGGCCCACAGGAGGGGGAAGAGUUGUCCCCUCCCUGCUGUGGCAGCUGCGAGGGUGCCUGGGCUAGGACCAGCAUGGGUGGCCUGAGUUCAGAGCAGAAACCCUGGGGCUCCCAGGCAGUGACACACUGAAAAUACUUACCGCUGCUUUGGAGGAGCCCAGAGGCUGCAGAACAGCAGUCCUAAAGCUGGCCGGGCUGGUUGCAAAGGCUGCCGGAAGCUGGUACCGGGCACAAUCCCACAGCACCGCGGCAAAUGCUAACCACGCUUCGGCAGAAGCAAGGCUGCCUGUUGACAUGGAAAAAAGCAAAGACAAAAACACGUUGCCUACUGGUCUGCCCCCUCCCCACCACACGAUUGCACACCUUGGACCUCUUGCAUAUCAGAGAGGGGAGCCACCAACCCAUACUGUGAUGGCUUUUUUUUUGUUGUUUUUAAUUCAAGUCUUACACUUGCUGUUAAGUUUACACUUUAUACCUGAUGGAAUGUAUGACUUUGUUCAGGAAACUGCACUACAGUGUUGCAGUACUUUCAGCAGUUCUCUGCCUGGCACAAUGUAUUUUGAUGUUUAAUUGGAAAAAGACCACCCACCCCAAUCCUACCCUGUCUUGCCCUCUGUCCUAAAGGAGUGGACCAUGGCUUGAGUAGCACUUAAGCUUAGAAUACCUGUACUUAAGGGCUUGAUUUUUAUCAUUCUUAACAUUUUAAAGCAGCAUCAAAUAAAUAAAAAUUAAAAAAAAAAGCACAGUAAUUAAUUAACUAUAAAAAGGGGCAUGAGCAGAUUACUCUUUCUGGGUAGACAGAUGUCUCAGCAGUUCCGUUCCACUUCAGGUGUUUGCUGGCAGUACAUUUGAAUGAACUGUGAUAGUUUUGUUCAACAGUAACCUUCUGUACAGGCAGAAAAAAAAAAAAAAAAAAAAAUCCCCAACUUUUCUGCUUGAAAAGCUGUAAAAUAUAGUCUGUUUGCGUGGGUCUGAUCCUGUGAACUUCACUAUAUGUGUUUAUAUGAUGAGGAAACAAAAAAAAAAUCAGUCCUAUUCUGUAUUUGUACUACUGCUUGUUUGCUACAAUAGCUUUAAUAAUUUCUAGAGAUUAAGUAUGUGUUGAAGCAGGCCCCGUAGCUUUAGCCUACAGCCUGGAAUAGGAUUAUUGCCUUUUCUUCAAGCCUCCUAAACAGCAUCGUCACUCUGUUAGUAAACCAUUAAAAGUCAUGCUGGGACUUUGUAACCCAUCAAGUGGAUCUCACGAAGUGAUGUGAAGUAUAAUUAAGUGAUUGUGGCUCUUUUGGUAGGUUUGGAUCAGCACACAAACCAUUGGCACACCCUCUCUGCAAUCUGCUGUUGCUAUUUCGCAGACCAAAAAAAAAAAAAACAACAACCAAACAAAACACCCACCUCUGACUAAAGCUGUGUUACGGCAACCCAACAAUUCUAAUAGCAUUCUCCAAAAUGAAAGCAAACUUCUCUUUUAACUUAUUUUCACAUGUUUACAGGCAAACUGCUAUGGCAAACAGCAUAUUUUCUAACACUAGCUUACAGAGCAUUAUUUUGCAGUCAUCUAGUUUAAAGUCUUACUAAUGUGUAAAGUAAUUCCUGUUGUACAGAAGUUAACCUGUUGUUUAAAAUGAAUGGUUUAAAAAAAGUGCAAAUGACAAAUCCAUGUUGGUGUCUGUAUGGGUUUCUCUAGAAUAAAUGCUUUU